UCUACAAACAAAGAAAAUUCUUGCAUUAUUUAUUUCUGAAAAAAUGGAGAAAGUUGGUAAGAAAUUGGCAGUUCUAGUUGGUUGCAACUAUGAAAACACACGUUACAGGUUGCAUGGAUGUCACAACGAUGUUUUAGCCAUGAGAGAUGUGCUAGUGAAUCGAUUCGGGUUCGAUUCACAGCACAUUGAGCUGUUGAUGGAUAAAUCAGGCAGCCCUGUGAUGCCCACUGGAGUUAAUAUCAAGAAGGCACUUAAUAAAAUGGUUGAUGAAGCUGAACCAGGGGAUGUUUUGUACUUUCAUUUUAGUGGUCAUGGAACAUUGACUGGAAAAAAGAACCAAGAAGAAGCCAUAAUUCCACUUGAUUUCAAUUAUAUUACUAAUGUGGACAUUCGAAAAAUAGUGAAUAGAGUACCAGAAGGAGCAACUUUCACUAUCCUUUCAGAUUCUUGCCAUAGUGGAGGCCUAAUUGACAAAGAGAAAGAACAAAUUGGACCAUCUCACCACAAACUAAAAAAUCAAGAAUUCGGAGAAAACAAGAACAACUAUGUCUCAGUCCCGAACAAAUCAGAGUCGACAUCAAAAUCUUAUUAUUCCAAGCCUAAAUUCAUCCCUCAUGAAACUAUAUUGGAACAUCUAACAUCCUUAACAAACAUAAACACCUCAGAUAUUGGAACCCACAUGUUACAACUCUUUGGAAAUGAGGCUAGUGUUAUUUUUUCUUUGCCUCAAAUUGAGUUAGAUUUAUUGAAGCCACUUAAACAAGAUGAGGGCAUUUUGCUAAGUGGAUGUCAAGCUAAUGAAGAAUGUCAAGAUGUUGGAGGAAUUGAAAAUGAAAAUAAAGCUUAUGGAGCAUUUAGCAAUGCAAUUUUAAUUGUGUUGGAGAAAAAUUGUGGCCCUCUUAGUAAUAAAGAGUUGGUAUUGAAGUCUAGGGAUGUUUUGGAAAAUGAUGAACAUGUUAAGACUCAACAUCCUUGUCUCUAUUGUAGUGAUGAGAAUGCUCAAGCACUUUUCUUGAGCCAAGGUUGAAGUCAAAUGCCAAUAUAAUGUAUUUGAUAUAUCAUAAUAAUGACGAUGAAAUAAAAAUAAUUUAAGUAUUAUGUACAGUA